AUGUCUUCUCAUGCAAUUGAUCAGCAAGUUUCGCCCCAGCUGAUGCGGUCAGUAAUAGCGAUGAGGGCCAAUUUGGCUUCUGAUCCUACAACUACCGAAGACUGGCAGCAAGUAGAAGCCAGAUUCGAUAAACUUCAACGCGAAAAGAUAAGCAUUGAAGGUAGACUCUGUCGAACUCCUCAGAAUGGUCGAGAGAACGCCGAAAAG